AUGGCAUUUAUAUUGAAAGUUGCUGUUCUGGAUCUGAUUCUAACAUUAAUCCUUCUAAUUGUCGUUAUUUGUCAUCGAUCACACAUUAUCCCUGCACGCCGCCGCUACAAAAUUAAAAUGGGUAUUCUCAAGCACCGAAGAAAGCGUAAACUACAUGAUCGUGCACGUCGACGUCUCAGAAAACUUAAUGUGUUGCGUCGAAGACGUAAGAAAGCUCAAGAAGAAGGAGAAGCUAAACGCCAAGCAGCUCUUAUAGCAGCGGCAGUUGGUGCACUUGGUGUAGCUCAACAAGGUCAUCAGACAUCGUUGGCUGCUCGUGCAGACAAGAAGUCAACGUCGUCAUCGAGCAGUGAACUAGUCACUGCCGAAGGUGAACAUGGAGGUGUAUUGCACCAAACACCAAAAACUUAA